AUGGCUACUCCGGACUCAACAUAUGACUACGUUAUCUGUGGCGGUGGCACAUCAGGAUGUGUUGUUGCAGCACGACUCGCCGAAGAUCCUAAUGUCAAGGUCCUUGUUAUCGAGGCAGGCCAACAUAAUGAGCACCUUGAGAACGUCCACAUGGUUGGAGGUUGGUCUCAAAACUUUGACAAAGAGACAGAUUGGAAUGCAGUUUCCACGCCAGGCUCUGGUGUCAACAACCGCCAGGUAAAGCUCAGUCGAGGCAAGUUCCUCGGCGGCUCAUCUGGCUGCAACGGUACUCUUAUGGUUAAGGGAAUGAAACAAGAUUAUGACGACUGGAACCUUCCUGGCUGGAGCGGUGAUGAUUUCUUCAAGUAUAUGGCCAAGGCUGAACACUUCCAUACCAAAGAUUGGUUCAAGGAAACAAAGGGUGCACACGGCCACGAAGGCUUUGUCCACACAGAGCCUCAUGACCUAGCUCCCAUCUCUAACCUGAUCGGAGAGUCCAUGGUCUCAAAGGGUCUCCCUCUCGACCACGACAUGUUCGCUGCCGGCGAGAACCCCCACGGAUGUGGUCACUCAGUGAGAACAGUGCACCAGGGCCUUCGCACAACCAGUGCAGACUUCAUCACCAAGCAAAAGCCCAGAGACAACCUUCAUCUCAUGGUGGAGAGCCAUGUUGAGAAGGUCGUUAUCGAGAAGGAUGAGCAAGGCGACUUGAGGGCCACUGGUGUUCGAGUAGUCCAGGCUGAUGGAACUGUUGUUGAGCUCAAGGCUAGCAAGGAGGUCAUCGUCAGUGGAGGAGCUUACUGCUCGCCCAACAUUCUUAACCGAUCAGGCAUCGGUGCCAAGAGUGAACUGGAGAAGCACGGUAUUACCACACUUGUUGACCUUCCAGGUGUUGGCAAGAACCUACAGGAUCACUUGAUUGUAUUCAUGUUCUAUGAAACAGACAAGGAGGGCAUCACAACCGACUCCCUGCUGUACCACGGCAACGCCUUGGAGAAGGCCUACACCCAGUGGAAGGAAGAGAAGAAGGGGCCUUUGACCGUGUUCCCUUUUGGUAUCUUUGCCUAUGCUCGAUUGGAUGAGCGUCUCGCCGACUCAGAGAUCUGGAACUCUGCUCCUCGAAAGGAAGGCCGAGACCCCAUGGGUCUCACACCCAAGCAGCCCCAGGUUGAGUUCUUCACCACGGAGUGCUACGGCGGACCUAAGCAAUACGACCAAUUCCCCAUCAACGGCAAACACGCCUUCAGCAUGAUCGCCGAGCUCUUCUCCCCCAAGUCACGCGGCACUGUCACCCUCCGCAACGCCGACGCGAGCGCCAUCCCCGUCGUGGACUGCAACUACCUCUCGCACCCGCUGGACCUCGAAGUCCUCGCCGAAGCGUGCGCGUUCGGCAACGAGAUCAUCACCGAGGGUGCGGGCACCAAGGACCUGGUCAAGGGAUCGUGGCCGUCGGAGUUGGCGCACCACCAGUUCAAGACGCGCGAGGACUGGAAGGAGUACGUCAAGGACAACGCGACGACGUGCUACCACGCCAGCGGUACGUGUGCUGCUGGCAGGGCGGACAACCCCGAUGCUGUGGUGGACGAGAAGUUGCAGGUUCGGGGGGUUAAGGGGCUCAGGGUUGCGGAUUGCUCGAUUAUGCCGACUGUGAACAAUGGGCAUACGCAGAUGCCUGCUUAUGGUAUUGGUGAGAAGGCUGCUGAUCUUAUUAAGGAGACGUGGAGCACUGUAUAG